GAAUGAGCGAGAUUGGCUGUCUGGGGCAUCACAUGACCUUGGGACCCAGACAGGUCAGAUAAAACAAAUAACUCUCAGACUGGUUUCAGGUUCAAACUUAAUCCAUCAGAUCAUAUCAAUACGCCAUCUGCAUUGUUGUUGCAACUCAAAUCUCGCUCCCUUUUCUUUGCUUGAUUACAGAGCCAGAGGACCAUCACUGCGGGGUUAGCUUACUAUGGCCUCACUCAACCUCAAGCUACCGCCAUACCCAACCGGUGACACCGAAGAUGACAUCAGAAAGGACCCAAAACUAUGUCGAACAUGCUGGAAUCUCUACGGAGGCUCAACCGCCACUGCUGUUCCUCUGGCCGGUAUAGCUAUGCAUGAGAAUUCCGGUUCCAUCAACGCAGCCAGAGCGGCCAAGGCUGGUAACCUGGAUGAAGCUCCUGCUUGGGCAGGACGAGGUCGUAUUGAUUAUGCUUCGUGGCAAAUCAGUGUCUAUCUCCCUGAUGUUCCUGGGACAGUAGCUAGUGGUUGUCCUUCUUGUUUCUUUCUCCAAGAGAUCUUGAUGAAGUUGACAAAAGGAUCAGUGGACUUCAGUGAUCUUGAGCUAUGGUUGGACAUUGUAUUCUGUAAGGGGAAUGUCUUGAGAAUGAAGCUUAUCCGUGGAAGUCCCCCUGAUGACUUUGAUAUGUUCUCUUCUGGUGGUGGAAGCACAGAUGGAGAAGUUCUCGAGAGCUACGAGAUAUAUACCCUCCCAGGUUCACCCUGCCCAUGGCCUACUGUCGGCUCAUCAAUGAACCUCGAACGCCCUGACUGGAGUCUUCCCGCUGAGAUUGGUGGACAUGCGAGCCAUAUUGAACCAGAUCCAACUUCCAAGGCAUCUUUCGAUAGCGUCAAAAGCUGGAUCAAAAUCUGCAAAGAAACCCACACAAUCUGUACGGAGGGGGAGGCAUCGUCAAACCCACAACUACCAAAGCGAGUUAUCGAUAUUGGGCCUAAAACCAAUGAUGGAAUUCAUAUCUUCGUGCACGAUGACGCCACACAACAGAUUACAGAACCAUAUAUCGCAUUGUCUCAUUGUUGGGGAACGACCCAGCACUUAAUCUCGACAAAGGCGACUCUCGACCAGUGGAAACAAAAUAUUCCGUUCAGUCGGUUCGCCAAAACAUUCCAAGAUGCCGUUAUCAUCUCGAGAGAACUGGGCAUUCGAUAUGUUUGGAUAGACUCCCUUUGUAUUGUUCAAGAUGAUAAGCAGGACUGGGAAAUCGAAGCAGCCAAGAUGGCAUCCAUCUAUAACGGUGCAGAGCUGGUUUUAGCUGCCACUGGAUCCGCCGAUGGUUCUGGUGGCUGUCUAUUUCAGAGAGAGCCUUUCGUCACAGUUUCUGGGACAUUUCCUGACGGAAAGCCAUUUGAGAUCUAUGGCCGAAAGGUGGCUAAGCAUGCAGUAUUUGGCUGGAAUACAGACCCCAAUGGGUCCAAGGGAUCUUCGAACCCUAUUGUUGGAACUACGGUAUCCGAAGUCUAUGAUUAUCCAUUGAUGACACGGGCCUGGUGCUUUCAAGAAAGGCUACUUGCAACUCGGAUCCUCCACUAUACGAAGAGUGAGAUGAUCUUCGACUGCCUCUCGUCAAUGGAGUGCGAAUGCGGUGCUCUGGAGAAACAUGAAGAUGAUCCCUUGGUACCUGCUCGCCGAAUCAUCAAGACAGGCCACAAGUUCAUCACUGGAACGAAGAGCUAUCGAGGCUCAGCUACCAAUCCCGCUGCCCCUCUUAAGGGAGAAAUCAAAGAGUUCAUAGAACACCACGAACUCUGGCGAGAUUUGAUUGUUCAGUAUUCCCAGAAGAACAUCACCAAACGAACCGACGGUCUCCCAGCUGUUGCAGGAUUAGCUACAGAGUGGUUCAAUAAACUUACAGGAAGAUACCUCGCAGGUCUUUGGGAGAAAGAUCUACUCAACGAUAUGCGCUGGAUGCCAGAUGAAAAAGACUCUGGUGAGGAACCGCAGUACAUUGCACCGAGCUGGAGCUGGCUCAGUGUUCACCGUGGCGUGACAUGGGGAGUUGAGAGCUUUGAGUUUGACAAGUUCUUCGUGACAGUUGAUCUCGAUCGUACAGCAUGCCCCCUUAGCGGUCAUAAUCAAUUUGGAGCCGUCGACUCUGGGUAUAUCUUUCUCACCGGCCGCGUCAUGCCCAUAACCUUUUCCAUCGAUGGAAAUAUGGCUUGGUUAGAAAAGCCAGGGAAUGAUACUAGGAAGCCAUUUGACAGACCGGAUAGUCUUUGGAGGUUGCGAAACAUGAAGAAUAAUGAGCUAUUCUGCCUCAGGUUCUCAACAAGAAUGAGUACGAGGAAUGCAUGGGAUGAUGAUGCGGCAUUGGUGUUGGUCAAGGCAGAUGAGAAGAUUUUGAAGAAGCAGCCAGAAGAAGUCCAGAAGUUUGAAAAUGUUUAUCAAAGGAUCGGAUUUAUCACGAAUUAUAUGACGCAGGGCUGGAGCCACGAGAGGGACUCGAAAGAGAUAGGGAUGUACAUCAUUUAGCUGCCUAAGAAUUCGUGAUGAUGGACAGAGUCGAAUAGACUUAGUUACUCUAACAGUCGGUUGGACAGGAAAGCGAAGGCUAAAUGAUGCAAAUAGUGAUAAAAUGAAAGAAGUGUUUAACUUUA